ACGUUGUUAAUUAAAACCAUCGUAUCUCAUGCGGGAGUGGCAUGUUUUCGACAGUUUUCUGACGGUUCCAUCUAUGAAUUACGGUUGGUCGGCCCAUAGCAUCUCUCGUGCCCACGAAUUUAUGGCGACACGCGCGACCCUGCUCAGUUUUCCACCUAUUGAACAGAUCCAUUCAUAGAACAAGGAUGACACCUAGCGGUCACUCAACACCGAUUUCUUUCACACGGACACCUUUAUAAAUCCAAUUUGACGUGUUUCAAAGCAUCACUUGAAUCAAAAACUUUCUCGGACGAGUCUCCAAGACAAUUGCUUUCCGGACGACUCUCCAAGACGAUGGAUAAAAGUUCAAAUAUUGAGCAGCAAGCCUUUGACUGUAUUAAUACACUGGCCGCGAUUGAUCCAGACAGCGCAGCCGAUGAUUUCAUACAAUUUAUCACCCAACCCGGCUUCCAGACAGUUAUCGAUCUCACGCAAGAUGGCGACGAAGAUCCCACCGUCGACGUAACAGACAAACCUCACAUCCUACCCGAUCCCACUCCGACGCACGUCGAGAAUCCAUUAGGAUCCGGCGGCGAACCACUUCCUGGACCAGACGGCGAACCACCAAGAAAGACUUAUCGUUUUACCCCGGCGAUCAGUCCUGGACCAGACGGAGAACCACCAAGAAAGACUUAUCGUUUUACCCCGGCGAUCAGUCCUGGACCAGACGGAGAACCACCAAGAAAGACUUAUCGUUUUACCCCGGCGAUCAGUCCUGAGAGCUCUCCAGAGAGGAAAAUUCUCUGUCUGACACCGUCGAACAGCCCGGCGACCAGUCCUGAGACCGAGCUGUUUUAUGCAGACUCGAGUAGAAGCCAUAAGGAUGACGUGACUACCUGGGGCAUGUCUCAAAUCGAUGCCUGGGACCAGAGUUCUUGGACGAGCGAGCGUGACGAGGUGUCUACCACCAACGCGGGUCAAACACCAUAUCCUUCUCCCUCACCGUCGUCGGAAGAAGUAGAAGUGGAAGAAGUUCCGGCGCGUCAGCCGGUUGAUGAACCAUUCGAUGAUCUGCCUCCGACUCAUAGGCCCAUCAAUUCGAUAGAAUCAUUUGGUCAAGAGUUUCGCGACGCGCAGGUUGACAUAAACAACAAAUACGUCGAACUCCGUGGCGUACAAGAUGAUAUUAACGACAAAUUGAUUGCGUUGCACAGCGAGUCUCGUGACAGACAAAUCGAAAUCCAUAGCAGAUUAGAAGCGUUGCACGGCGAGCUCCGUGCCUAUCACCUCGAGACACACAGUCGAUUCGAUGCGCAGGAUCGCUUUAUUCACGAUCUGGCCGAUGAAAUAUUCCGUCGCGUCAAUGCUAUGAGAUCAACGAUUGAUCAGCAGUUUGAUAGAAAUGAUCGUAUGGUGAGUCAAUACCAACGGGAAUUGGUGCUCAUUUUGCAUCACCUUAUUCUCACCAUCAUAGAUGAGACCACAGAGUCAAAUUGAAUAUAGAUGUAUU